AUGACAGUGGGUAUUGCUAGGAAACUCUCUAGGGACAAGGCGCAUAGGGAUGCGCUGCUAAAAAACCUUGCGUGCCAGUUGUUUCAGCAUGAAUCUAUAGUGUCAACGCAUGCCAAAUGUAAAGAGGCUUCCAGGGUCGCAGAGCGGAUCAUUACCUGGACAAAGAGGGCAAUAACGACAAGUAAUAGUGUUGCACAGGCGGAAUUAAAGUCCCAAAUUCAGAGCCAAUUGUUUUUAGCAGGAGACAACAGAAAGUUGAUGAAGCGGUUGUUCAGCGAGAUCGCACCGCGGUACUUGGAAAGGCCCGGUGGGUACACGCGUGUGCUGCGGUUAGAGCCUAGGGCUAACGACUCAGCGCCGCAAUCCGUCUUGGAACUAGUCGACUCUCCCGUGAUGUCCGAAUCGCAUACGGUGAACAGGGGCAAUUUAAAGAUGUGGCUGUUAGUCAAGUCAGUCAUCAACGAUGACGCCAACCAGCUACCUCAUAACCCACUCACAUUGCAGAAUCUUCACAAAGUGGCCAAGUUUAAAGCAGAAGCGCAGCUACAUGGUGAAAUUAUGCUCAUCAAGCAGGUCUUACUCAAGGAAAUGUCCCUUCCCUAUGAUGAGGCACUCGAAAACGAAAGGACGCAGGCACUUUUGAAGGAGGUCUACUCUUCGUCAUUGCCAAAGAAGACGAAGAAACCCUCCUCCUAUGUCAUGGUUCCCAGACCUUAA